GCCUGCCCCAGCAACCCAUAGUCUCCACCUUGCCUCGCCCCGACCCUGCUUCGCUCGGCUCCGGCCGCCGACGCUGCCGCUGAGGGGAUCAGCGGGUCAGCCCGCCCUCGCCCUGCUGCGGGGCUUCCCCGCCUCCCACUCCGCCCCACCGCCGCUCUACUCCGCCUCGUCCCUCUGCCCCCGGUGCGGGUCACUCGCGGCCGCCUCCCCCGGCUGCCUGUGAGCUCGCCGUGCGCGCUGCCGCCCGGAGCUCCCCCGCCGUCGGGGAUGGCGCGGCUGGCAGCGCCCGUGCACGCCUGAGGCGGAGGGGCGAGCCCGCCGCCGCCGCGGGAGGAGGAGGAAAAGGAGGAGGAGGAAGAGAGAUGAAGCACUUCCACCCUGGGGUCGCGCUGCUGCUCUCGCUGCUGUGGGAGUGUACAGAGGCCAAAAAGCAUUGCUGGUACUUUGAAGGAUUAUAUCCUACAUAUUAUAUAUGUCGCUCCUAUGAGGAUUGCUGUGGCUCAAGAUGCUGUGUAAGAGCUCUCUCUAUCCAGCGAUUAUGGUAUUUUUGGUUCCUUUUGAUGAUGGGAGUUUUGUUCUGUUGUGGAGCUGGUUUCUUUAUCCGAAGGCGGAUGUAUCCUCCUCCAUUAGUAGAAGAACCUACUUUUAAUGUGUCUUACACCAGACAACCAGUCAACACUACAUCAGGAUCACAACAACCUGGAGUGCCGUAUUACACAGAUCCAGGUGGACCUGUGAUGAAUCCUAUGGCUAUGGCUUUUCAUGUCCAGCCCAAUUCCCCACAAGGAAACCCGGUUUACCCACCCCCACCUUCCUAUUGCAACACACCACCUCCCCCAUAUGAGCAGGUGGUGAAAUCCUCCACAUGAGGACUCUGGCUCUCUGACCUGACUGUGUGAGAAGAAGGUGCAAUUGCAAAAUGACCAAGAUGGAGGGCACCUGCCCUUUUGAACACUUGCUAGUUCUCCAAGUCCUCUCUCCUUCCCUUCCCUGCACCUUUCCUCAUUAAAGUUACUUGCAAAAGGGUGAUUUUAAAAUUUUUUUCUUUUUUUUUUUUUUAGUAGAAGUGGAUUUUUUCUUUUUCUUCAAAAUGAGAGAAGUUGUCUUUGUAAUGAUUUUAAUGGAAACCUAUAUUUAAAACCUGUAUGUCUUUCUCUUUA